AAAAACCUGGAAUAACGAUAAAGUAACAUCUGGUUAAGAAAAAUUUAAAGAGAAAUUAUAUAAUAAUCGAGCUCUCGAAGCUGAAUAUCCUGUUUGACAAAAAAGCUGACAUUCAAGUUUCUUAUAAAGUCUUACAAACAUCCUGCUUCGUAUGGCUUUUCAAAUUAAUUCCGAGGAGUUAGAUUAGCGAUGAAUGAAUUUAUUGAUGUAAUUGUUACAAGUUGAUAUGGCAACGCGAGUUUUUCCGGUUUAAGCCAAGAGCUGGCUUUCUACCACGAAAAUAUGGCAGUGUGAAAUUAGUUGAAUAAAUUUGAACAUCGGUAAUUUUAGUAUUAACAUUAGCAGUGAACAAUAUAUACUUGUUGUAAAAUGUGACAGACUUUUGUUAUCAAUAAAUUAUAAAUAAAUUAGAAAUAUUUAAUGUUGAUUUGUUUUUCAAGGCUUCAUUAAUCGACUACAAUGGCAACGAGUAAAAGUAAGAAGAAGGUUGGAACGAAGACAAAUGGAAAAAAUAAUGGAAAAGGUACUAAAGGUGGUAAUGGCGGCAAAAAUAAAGGAUCAAAGAAAUCAAAAAGAAGCGGCGGAAAAACACGAUUUGCCAUGGACAUCUUUAAUGAGGAAGUGAUGGAAAACGCUUAUUACACAUGUCAUAACAUUAUGGAUGUGCUAAAAUGUCGAGGUUUCCCGUGGCCAGAGGUUCAGAAGAAAAAAGGAAAGAGGAAGAAAUAAA